AAAAAAAAAGAAAAAAACUCCUGGACGCCACCAGACGACCAGUUGCUCAACGCCAAAUAACUAGCUAGCUAAGAAAGCGUCCCUGUUGUUGGAAUAUGGAACGACGAGCUCAGACGGAACUGUUCCUCGGCCAUUUAUUGGAAAGGCUCCAUACUCGACUUCUGAGUUGGCUUGACCGUGUUCCUCUUGAUAUAGAUUACUUAGAAUUUGUGUGUUCACAGGAGCUGGUACUCCUUAGUUCAGUCUCAGCUCAAGUAGAUGUUCCUCAAGAUGUUUAUAACGCACUUGCAGAGGUCCACCAGAUGGCAUGCGAUCUAAACAACAAGGAGAUCUGCAUCACUAUUGAGCAUGAGAAGGGAAUGAAUGGCCGUCCAAAGAUAGGGCUUUCUGAGGACUAUACAUCCCAGCUUCUUUCCUUGGGAUUGCCUGUAACAUGUAUAGCCAGGCUGUUGGGCGUGUCAAGAUUUACAGUACACAGGCGUAUGGCAGAGUGGGGAUUAUCUGUGAGGGCAAGCUACAGCAUCUUGACUGAUGAGGAACUGGACUCCCUAGUGUCCACAGUCCAUGCCAGAAACCCAAAUGCAGGAUACAGAAUGAUGAUGGGUUUGCUGAGGGCACAAGGACAUUGGGUGCAGUGGGAGAGAGUCCGUUCUUCAAUGCACAGAGUAGACACCGUUGGCAUCAUUUCCAGAAUGUCAGAGUUGGGCUGUGUGAUCAGAAGAACAUGUUCUGUGCCAGCCCCAAAGUCACUGAUGCACAUCGAUACAAAUCACAAGUUGAUAAGGUACAACAUGGUGAUCUUUGGAGGCAUAGAUGGCUUCUCCAGGAAGAUAAUGUAUUUUGGUGUGUCAAGUGACAAUCUGGCUUCAACAACUCUGGCUUCCUUCAAUGACGCAGUUCUAAAGUUUGGACUUCCACUGAGGGUGCGGGGCGAUCAUGGAGCAGAGAACGUUGAUGUGGCUCGUGUUGUGUUCUCCGUUCGGGGAACAGGAAGGAGUAGCUUCAUUGCAGGCAAAAGCGUCCACAAUCAAAGAAUUGAGCGCUUGAUGUGUUCAUAGCAGUCACCAGCCACUUCUACAAAGUCCUGCAUCAGCUUGAGGAUGAGGGUCAUCUUGAUCUGUCCAACAGCCUGCACAUCUUUUGCUGCCACUAUGCCUUCAUUCCAUGCCUGCAAGCCCACCCUGACAUAUUCAGAGA